GUUUAUAUUUUCUUUGAAUUUCCUUAGCUGGAUACGUUUUACACUUACCUGAAUAUUAACAAGUUCCGAGUUUGCAUUCUGGGCCUCUUUGAUGUCUCGAAUAGGCUUUUCGUUUUGGGCUUGUCGGCCAUUAUCAGCUGGCUGGUAUUUGUUACACAAUAUGGUCUUCGAUUGGGACACUCUUGGAAGAAUUAAAAGGCUAAAAUCUCACAAAUAUCCUUUAAGAAACAAUCAAACAAAAUAAACAACCUAACCAAGUAAAUAAACAAUCCAAGUAAAUAAAUAAAUAAACAAGUGCUGAAUCAAAUUUACUUUUUCAUUGCGAGCUCUAGCCAGACCUCAGUCAUGAUUCAAAUCCUGAGAAAGGUGCGCCUUCCGCUUGUAUCGGCCGGUGUCCUGCGUUUCUGUUACUACUAUGGCAGGGUUCUGGGUGUCAUUUCCUUUGGAAUUGAAAGGAGAGUGUCGGAUGGAUCCUUGGUGGGCCGCAAACAGCACCGCUUCAAGUGGUAUUGCCUGAGCCUGCGAAUACUGUGCAUCCUACUGGUCUGCUUGUUUUGUAUGCCUUACGUAUUCGAAAUCGAGGACCCUUAUGAAUUCACCAUACAAUGCAUUCGAUUGACGUCCAGCUUUUUGUGUUCUAUUUGCAUCUUGGUCCUUCAAACGGUCUACGAGCAUGAGCUCCUUCGGAUGAUGAAUGGCUUGCUGCGACUUUUCCGACGCGUUCGGCGCUUGUGGUCCCAGAAAAAGUUCGGACUUGGGGGCAAGCGAGAGUUCUUCCUAUUGUUCUUCAAAUCGGUGUGCUUGGUCUAUGAAUUGAAGUGUCAAGUUGUCCAGUUGUGCAGUCCCCCCGACUGGCUGCCUACCGCAACCAUACUGGGAGAGAUUUUAGUCGAGAUUGGCUCCUUGAUGAUCAUACACAUUGGCUUUCUGGGCUACAUGAGCAUAGCUGCCCUCUAUUCCGAGGUGAAUAGCUUUGUGCGGUCGGAGCUGCGGCGCCAUCUAAGGUCCCUAGAGCGUCCUGGAGGAGGAUUUGUCACCCGUCGUCACCUCAGGAUCGUGGGCAAUCGGCUGGAUGAGUGUAUCGAGGUCUAUAAUGAAAUCGAGAGAGUGGGCAAAUCCUUUCAUCGCCUUUUCGAGCUCCCCGUCUGCAUGAUCCUGAUGUUCAAAAUAUUUGCCACCGCCGUACUCUCCUUUGAAGUGAUCAUAGAGGACGACUCCUAUCCCAGCAAGGCCGGCAUAUGGGGUCUGGUACUAAAGAGCUUUGCGGACGUAAUACUCCUGACCUUGGCGGUUCACGAGGCGGUGGGAGCCUCGCGGGUGGUGCGCCGGCUAAGCCUGGAAAAUUGUCCCCUCAGCGAGGACAAGGACUGGAAUAUGAAGUGGGAGAUGUUCUUGAGUCGCCUCAACCACUUUGAGUUUCGGGUUAAGCCCUUGGGCCUGUUCGAGGUCUCCAACGAAGUCAUUUUGUUCUUCUUUUCCGGCAUGAUUACCUAUUUCACCUAUGUAGUGCAGUAUGGAAUGCAAACUAAUCGCUUGAAAAUGUAAAGAUGUUUGAUUUAAAAGCUUAAAUCACAUGU